AUGGUCCGGGCGCAGCGACAGUUCGAGCGGCUGACGCUUCCUCGAGAGGAGCUGGACUUCCAGGUGGUCGUUCGAGUUGGUGCGGUCCAGGUCUUCCAGGUGGGGCGCUUGAUCGGCUCGACCCUGGGGGUGGAGGAGGCCCGCAUCUAUCCCCACGAGCUGCAGAUUCGGGUCGGAACGGAGGAGGAGUGCCACAGCUCUGCUGGCUUCCUCAAGAAUUUCUCCGUCACCGUGGAGCCAAUGAGCAGUUCCCUCUCCCGGAAUUCCUGGCGCCCCGGGGAUGCCUCUGAGCCCGGCUUCCGUGGUGACCAGGCCUCUCCUGAUCACGAGCAAGAUGAGAUGGAGGGUCACGAGGAACAGUUGAGGCUGUCCCAUGCCUCCUGCGGCAAGGGCCUGGACUUUUGGGCCUGCCUGGCGCGUUGCUGCUCUGCGCACUCGGGCCACCACCUCCCAGGUCUUCCAAGACCAACGCUGGCGAGCAUCGGCAUGUCCUCGAUCGAAGCAUUCGAGCCGGGUUUCUGCCAGGUGUCCUUCUGGGCACUGAAGGAAGAGGACUUCAAUUCUCAGUCUUUACAGCAUGUCGGUGACGGCUGGUAUCACAAAGUGAGGUAUGGUGGUGACGCAGAUGUGGCAGUGGAAAGUGGUGCUGCCGAUGGGGCUGCCACUCCCGAGGACAUGGACGGUGCUGCCCAUGCCUCAGCUGUGCUAUUCGUGCUGUCAUGUCCGGCUGAGUUGGUCUUGGAGAAGGCUACCCAGUCCCAGGAGUAUCAGCAGCAAUCCCGCGCCGCAGCGCCCAGCGAGCGAUCGCUGGAGAUGGCCAGGAUGCAGCAGCUGUCCAACGAGCUCUUCAAUGAAGCUGCUUCCAUUGGAGACCAGAUCCUGGCGCAGGCAGAGUCGGCAGUAGGCACGGCCAAGAGCGCUGUGGCCAAGGCAGCAGCAGCCAUUGCCGACUUCCGAGUCGUGGGGCUUGCUUACACCUCUCAGUUUCCCUUGUUGGGCUAG